UAACAACAAAUGAAUUGAAGCCAUAGUACUGAGCAAGACUAUUUAAUUCAAUACUAUGUGGUCAAUUAUUAGAGAUCGGAGUAAAAUAUAAAUAUUUAGUCCUCAUCACUUUUGUCAUUCAUUUGGAAAAAGUAAAUAAUAACACCCUAAUGAAAUUCAAGCGUGGAUAUUAUGAUAUUUUCUUACAAACCUGUGCUAAAAAUCCAUCAAAUAUUGCUGUGAGACAUUACAAUAACGGCAUUUAUAGAUACUAUACAUAUUCGGAGUUAUAUGGUGUGUGCGAAUAUAUAUCGCAAAAUCUGCAGAUACUUAAAUGUAACAAGGGUGUAAUUGGAUUAGUAUCGGAAAGAAAUAUUAUUGUACCUGCGGUUAUUGCUGCUGCUCACAAAUGCAGUACAACAUUCAUGUUUAUAGAUCCAACACAAGAUGUCGAAAAAAUUGCUAAUGAAGUUCGUUUUAAUACUGUAAUAAACAUCCAAGACAAAGGAUCGCCUAUUCCUGAGUUAUUCAAUAAGAAACCAGACAAGUCAGUGUCUGUAUUUGAUUUUGAAAUUAUUUUCUUUGAUCUUCAAUCCCAUUUCAGUAGUAAACAUGCGAUCUUUGAACACUCCUUUAUUGCGAUGACGUCAGGAAGCACUGGAGAACCAAAACACAUCCAAGUACCUAUGAAAUGCAUUCAGCCCAAUAUUGAUGAUUUGACAAAACUUUUUAAAAUCAUCCCACAAGAUGUAAUAUAUUUUUCUACUCCUCUAACAUUUGAUCCUUCUAUGGUUGAAAUAUUACUAGCUUGUAUGAAUGGAGCUUCACUUCUUAUAGCCCCAGAAAUGCCAGACAUUUUAUUUCCUAAUGAUAAAGAAAAUUCUAUAACAUUUUGGCAGACAACACCUUCCAAAUUCUUUCAACUUCCACAUGCUGAUAUUAAGAACAGAAUAUUGAGUUCUGAUUCCCCAUUGAAGAUUUUGGCUUUAGGUGGUGAACCACUAAAUGGGGUAAGAAGAUUGAUUGAACUUAGGGAUGGGAAUAAUAAAACAAGAAUCUUUACUCUUUAUGGAGUAACUGAAAUGUCAUGUUGGGCAUGCAUUGCUGAAAUAGAUUUCAGUAAGAUUCUUAUAGAUAAAGAAGUGCCCUUGGGUAACUGUCUCUCAGAGACCCAGAUACACAUUGAGCCAGAAAAUAGUCAAAAUAAGGAUACAGGAAAAAUAAUUUUAGUUAGCAAAUCCAGAAAAUGUAUUAUAUUAAAUAAGUCAAAAAGCAAUGAAGAAGAGAACUCACUCAAAUUUGUUGACACUGGUGACAUAGGAGAAAUAAAGAAUGGAACAAUUUACUACAGAGGUCGUAGGGAUGAUGUAGUCAAAAGAUUUGGUCAUAAAAUUAAUUUACAGUCUAUAGAAUCUAUAGCCAUGCAAUGUCCCAAAGUAAAAACUUGUUCAUGUGUAUGGUUACCAAAACCCUUGCUUCUUGUAGUAUACUUUUCCUCUGAAUCACUAACUAGCUGUGAAUUAUCUGAUUUUCUAAAAUGCAAACUUGAUGAUAAACAUUGGCCUGAUAAAAUCGUGAGGGUGGAGAAUUUGCCAAUGAAUCUGCAUGGUAAAAUCUCCAAAUCCAACCUAUUGAAAAUGAAUAAAAAAGUUAGCUAUGUAACAACAUCAUUAGAUUCUCUGAAAGUACUUUUCCAGAAAGAACUUUGCUUAAUACUAAACGCACAAUUCACAUAUGAUGAAAUAAAGUAUAAAGAUUUCUUCUCAAUUGGUGGAACCUCGUUUCUUGCUGUAUCCCUGUGCAAUAAAAUAUCACACAAGUGUUCAGAAUUUGGAAAGUUUAUUUUACCUUAUCUAAUGUCACAAAGAUAUACAAUUGAUGAAAUAAUGCAAUUGGCUCAAAAACAGUUAAGUUCAGAAGAGAUCAAAGGGAAAGGCAAAGUGAAGAGAUCUAGAUCUAAUUUAGGCAGCAGUUCAGAAACCCAAAUUAUGAAAAAGGCAAAUAAUAAUAUUUGUACAAGUCCAGUAGAAUUCACUGUCUUAUGGUCAUAUGAUACAGGAAAAUGUGUGGAUGCUUCACCAACGUUAUUCCAAAUUAGAUUCAAUCUAUAUGUAAUAGUAGGCAGUCACUCUGGCAAGAUUGUAAUUGCAGAUGCAAUGUCAGGCGAAUUGCAAGGCAUCAUAAGGAUUAAAGCACGCGUGGAGGCGUCUGUGGUAUGUUACUGUGAUGAGUCAGUGACGCCAGCUUGCGGCAUGGUUGGAGCGUACGACGGAACUAUCGUCUGCUUCGCAAUAGAUACAUGCAAAGAGAUAUGGAGAAUCAACAUCAAUUCCAUGAUAAAGAGUAAAGGGGUGUGCUGUAAUGGUUUGCUGUAUAUAGCAUCGUAUGAUGGAAAAAUCAGAUGUAUCGACGUAUUAACAGGAAUAAUCAAAGAUGUCAUUGAUGUCGCUGACCAAGCUAUAUCGGCUGACCUGGUACUGGCUAAGAAGGAAUAUGUUCUCCUCGGCACUCUAUCCGGUGUAUGUGCCAGUAUCCAUAUAAUUGAUAAUGCUGUCGCGUGGCGCGGCGCCCUGAGCAGCCCAGUAUUUGCUAGCCCCGUGAUUUACGACAAUGAAAAAUACGUCGUUUUCGCCGAAGUGAAUGGCGAGAUUCAUUGUAGAACAGUCGAGAAAGGCAUCAAGAUUUGGAGAUACCAAGGUGCAAAAGGAAACAUCUUUUCAUCCAUGUAUGUAAAGGAAAUAGAUAAAUUGAUAUGGCAAAUUGUAUUUGGAUGCCACGACAAUAGUGUUUACAGUAUAAAAAUAAAAAACUAUCAACCAAGUUUACAUUGGAAAACACAACUGACAUCACCUGUUUAUUCUACACCUUGCAGUAUAGGCGACAAAUUCAUAUUGGCAGCAUCCAACAAUGGAAAGAUCUGCAUUUUAGAUUCUGCAAAUGGGAUACAAUUAGCAGAGUAUCAACUACCUAAUGAAACCUUUUCUUCCCCAGCUGUGUAUGGUGAUUAUGUAUUUAUUGGGUGCAGAAAUGACCAUAUAUAUUCUUUAAAAUGUGUUUUGAAUUUGUAAAGUUAACAUAAUUACCAAAUAAUAGCACCACAGCCAACAAAAACAAUAUUUCAGAUUAUAAAACUAAUAUUGUGAUAUUUAUGAAUAGGUUACAAAACAUGUUGGAAAUAAAAAUGUCUUCAUAUUAUAUUGUAACUUUAUUUAUGAUCUUACACAAAACAUUAUACAUAGGUAUAGUGAGCAUUCAUAAUUUUGAUUGACAUUACAAACAUGAUAUGGUUAUAAGAUCAAAUAAUGUAUCAAAAUAGAAUGCUUUUUUUUAAUAUGAAAUAAAACAUUUCAACUGUGCAGACCAUUAUAUAUCAGCUUUGUAUACUUAAAAAUAAAAGCAAUCUUAAAUGAGGAACAAUAAUUAUGUAAAAUAAUGUUUAAAUUAUAAUCUUAUAGUUUUUGCCACUUUUUGGUAAAAAAAAACUUGCCAGUACCAUUACAUGGAAACAUUUGCACAUACAUAUACAAUUAUCUACUGCCAAUACAUCUAAGCUCUUAUAAAUCUUUACCCAAGAAUCCCUAAUUAACAUUUUAUUAUUGUUGCCAGAACAGUUUAAAAACAAAAUAAAAAAAUAACAAGCAAUAUAUAAUACAUAGAACAUACAUUUUUACUGUUCUUCUUCUCCCAACUCUACUUUCACUUUGGAGAAAUCAAAAUCUUCAUCAGUACCACGUUUGUAGAUCUUAAGCACAUCCAAGCAUGUGGUCUCAAAGUGAGUGGUAGCAUCAUAGGACUCAGAUAUAAAGAUUUGACUCUGGCUACCAUCAUCAGUUGGUUCAUAAUAAUCUGUUACUGAUACAAAUUUCUGCCUUACAGGCCCCAAAAGAUCUAACCCGGGUUUAAUCUCAGAUUCUGGAUCAUUUGUCUCAACAGUGGUGGAAACCAUAGCAAUGAACCAUCCUUUAGCUGCAACUUGAUGUGUGUAUGACACAACAGACACGUAAAUGUCGGAAUGCCUUCCAACUUGUUUCUGUGGAAUAAUAAUCUGGGUAGAAAGAGCAUCUUUAGUAUUAGAGAUUGGAUGGUCUAAUAAACAAAUGCAUCGGAUAACCUGCCCCUUCUUGCGAACUCUAUCAGGAACAUAACUGGGGUCACAGUAGACUUGUUUGCACUUUGCUAUUUCAUUGCCAGAUUUCACUCCAAUUACUCUUCCUCCUUCUCCGAGAACAAUCUCAUCAAUAGGCUUGUCCAACAUGUAGGUGCCACCAUAAAUGGCAGAAAGACGAGCAAACCCUUGAGGUAACUCACCUAAGCCAUACAUCGGGUAUAAAUAUGGAGACUUACCAUACCGAGCUAAAGAGUCGGAAUACAACUUGAUGCGGCGAAUAGUUUGUAUCGCUGGCUGCUGAAGAUAAGUAUCGUUAAGGUAUAAAGCCAGUGCAUGGCCCGUAAAAUCUUGGGUGUUCCUAUCCAAACCAAACUUAUCAUAAAGAGAUUGCAUAUUAGCGGUACUAGGAUCAAAGUCUUUCCAAGUUUUAGCAUCCUCUUCUUGAAAAUCUUGGACGUAAAUAAGGAAAUUGCGGAAACGCCUCUUUUCGAACAUACCCAUAAGGUCUGACGCUAGUGCCUCUUUCUGGUCUACAGGCACCUUUGAGAUUUUUCCGCCUUUGUAGACAUAGCUACCCUCCACAGACUUGAAUUCUAAAUAGCGGGUCACGCCCGUAUGGAUGAGCAGUUUCACCAAUAAUCCAUUGGCCAUCAAAAAUUUAGGGAUCAAGUCCACGUUCCAGUCGCGGCCUCGGCCGUAUGUUUCAUCAGGCGGGGGUGCGUUGAACUUUGCGAACAAGUCUUCUAACGGGGUAAUUGACGCAGAUUCUCCACCGUAGUACUUGUUACGAUCAAUGUGUAAUACCUUUUUUCCCGAAACAGAAAGCAUUCCACUGAGAAUGCAUUCCUUGAGGCCGGUACCCAAGACGAUUGCGUCGUAUUCUUCAUCCAUGAUGAUGCAAAAGCACAAAGAAAUGAACUUUUCCAAUAAGAGUAGCUAACAACCAACCGGGCAAGAAAUGUCAAAAUGUCGGAAGAAAUAUGUCCGCCAUCGGUGACGUCGACUACUUUCUGCCAACAUGACUAAAAAAUAC